CAUUACUCUGCAUUUUUCAGGUCAGAUUCAGAAGAAAAAGAAAAUAUCAGCCUCUCUGUUCAGUGGAAGUAAGUUUGUCAUCGCAAGAUGAAGCACACGACGUCGGAGUCGGACGUGACGAGCCUCGCGACGACGUCGCCGCCCCGGACCCCGAAGCGCCCGGCGUACUACGUGCAGAGCCCGUCGCGCGACUCCCACGACGACGGGGACAAGUCGUCGACGACGCAGACGACGCCGGUGUACAACAACAGCCCCCUCGAGUCCCCCUCGCACCCGUCCACCGGCCGGCACUCCAGGAUCUCCUCGGCCACCCGCUUCUCCGGGAACCUCCGGUCGUCGUCGCCCGGCAGCAGGGCCGGCCGGAAGCGGCUGGGCUCCAAGGGGUGGCGUGAGGUCGAUGCGAUAGACGAGGAAGGCGCGUACGACGAGCUUGAUGAGGAGCGAGAGCUCCCGAAGUGCUGCGUCGUCGCCUUCUGGCUCUCCGUUUUGGUUCUGGCGUUCACCGUGGCGUGCCUCAUCGUUUGGGGCGCUGCUCGCCACUACAACCCUAGCAUCGUUGUCAAGACUUUUACAGUGCAUAACUUCUAUGCCGGAGAAGGCACAGACCGCACCGGUGUGCCGACGAGGCUGGUCACACUGAACUGCUCACUGAAGAUAAAUGUUCACAACCCUUCUACAAUGGUCGGCAUCCAUGUUUCUUCAAGCUCCAUUCGGCUCAUGUACUCGGAGAUCGCAAUCGCCAACGGUCAGUUUGAGAAGUUUUACCAGCCAAGGACCAGCCAUCACGUCGCCUCCGUGCUUCUGCACGGCGAGAAGAUCCCUCUUUACGGAGCCGGCGCUACGCUCGCUUUGUCCAACACCGGAGGCACGGUGCCAUUGACACUAGAAUUGGCAGUCAGAACUAGAGGGUAUGUGAUCGGUAAGCUUGUGAGGGUGUCACACGCAAAGCGUGCGAAAUGCCCGGUUGUUAUCGAUUCCGGUAGCUCCAAGCCAGUUAGGUUCGAUCAGCGUGCUUGCAGUUACACCUGAGGUAGGUAGCAGCUUGAGCUAGAGAGGGAACUCACCUCCUCCUCCUCCUUCUUGGGCUUAAUAAUGGUUGAGAUAAUGUACAUAAUCAGGUCGUUCAUGAACUGAUCCAGA